GUCCCCAAAAUAUGGAAACAAGAGUGAAGAUUAAAUUUACGUUGUACACGUGGGGGGCGAACACUUAUGGGCAGCUUGGCCAGGGUCAUGGUGAAGAUCAAUUCGAACCACAGUGUUCCAGCCAUGGACUGCAAAGGUCGUUACGGGUCAUCACGGGUGGAGGUGGACAUUCGGUGCUUCUCACUGAGUCUGGGGACCUGUUGGUAUGUGGACAAAAUCACAAAGGACAGCUAGGUCUUGGCCACACCUCAGAUGUCAUGACCUUUAAUCUUUGCCCUUUGCCUGGCAGUAGGACUGUUCAUCAGGUUUCUUGUGGCUGGGAUUUCACUGUGAUACUUACCGAUGAUGGCCAGGUUUUGGCAUGUGGCUCCAAUGCUUUUGGUCAGCUGGGCAUCUCCCCACAGAUAAAACACACAGCCAAGCCUCUACUCAUCAAGUCUUUGGGUGACCCUGUCAUCAGUGUAGCAGCAGGGCUUAGACAUGCACUCGCAGUCACAGGUUCAGGAAGAGUGUAUCAGUGGGGUACAGGUCUGUCCACUCAAGCGAGACGAUUACUGACUCCUCAGCCUGUCCCUGUACACUUCACCUCCAAGGAGCCUUGUUUGGUCCCAGGACUAGACCAAGAAACUCCCCACAGAGUAGCUGCAGGCUCUGCUCACUGUGUCUGUCUAACUGUGUCAGGUGCUGUGUUCCUGUGGGGCUGUAAUAAACAUGGUCAGCUGUGCAGCACAGAGUCCUUCCUGGCUCUGCCUACUCUGUUAGACCAAUCUCUAGUGAAUGGGGAAAAAGUGUCUGCUAUAUACAGUGGCUGGACACACCUAGUUGCCCAAACAGAGAGUGGUAGAGUGCUUACAUGGGGAAGAGCUGAUUACGGACAGCUCGGAAGAAGAGGGCCAUCUAAUGACAGUGCAGUUGCAGGAACAGAUGUUUCUUAUCCUGUCACAAGUCUGCCUUUUGAGGUCAGGACACUUAAUGGAGCCACCCAGAUUGUAUGUGGAUCAGAGCACAACCUUGCCAUUGUGGGGAAUCAGGUCUUUUCCUGGGGCUGGAAUGAGCAUGGAAUGUGUGGAGAUGGAUCUUUUGGAGACAUUAUACAACCCCAGCUAAUCCCCACCCUCAAAAGCUUCAAAGCUCUUCUAAUUGGCUGUGGAGCAGGCCAUUCCAUGGUGCUGUGUUGUCAGAAGAACAGUGAAGGGUUUGUCAGCUAAAGGAAAAAGACACAGAAUUGCUUUAACAAAUUAAACCAUUAAUGAAAACAUCUUGUUUUGAACAAAUAACCACAAGAUGCACAGCACGGUGCCUGAAGCGUUCACAGGGCAUCUCACAGAACAGCACAGACAGUGAAGGGCUCUGCACCACUGCAGUGAUACGGUGCUGAAUCCACCUGACAGACAACUGUUCUUCAGUUUUAAAAAUGUAUUGGAUUGAUUUAAAAACAUAUUGAUCAUUUACCAGUGUUAAUGGUAAUGUGGUUGAUUUCAUGUUACAGUACAUUAUAUCAGCAACUGACAUUAAAUCAGCCUAAAGUGGGCCAAGUUUUUUUGCCCUGUGAGCUAUUUCUUGUUGUUCUACUUCUCAGUGAAAUAGAGCUGCGUUCUAAAACCUUUAAAACCGUCUAAAUACUAUUACUGACUCAAGUCUUUGAUCUGGUGGCAUGGCGUGAACAAACACAUUUGUCUAUGAUCCAACACGGACAGUCCCAAGUGUAUGACUGGCAGUGUUGUAAGUUGGUCCCAAACAAAUGGGCAUACUGUACAUUUUCACAACAAUAAAAAAAGACAUAUUUAAAUAAAC